UCGUCCCACAACUCUCUGGCUGGGGACAACCCCGACCGCGCAACAUCUACGCUACAAAGUGCCGCCGUUUCGUACGCGUCGAACCCAAAGCUUACUUCACCGGAACAGGAAGAAAAUUGCCGGAUCUGCUGCUUGGAAGAAACGCAGCAACCAUGACGGACAUUCGGGCAAUGUUUAACAAACAGCAGAAUGGCGCGGCUGCAACAUCGAGCCCGAAAAUCGGUGGUAAAUCGAUCGAAAAGAUUUACCAGAAAAAAUCGCAACUGGAACAUAUCCUGCUCCGACCGGACACGUACAUCGGUUCGAUCGAGAUGGUAAAGGAACCGAUGUGGGUGUUCGACAAGGAAACGAAAAAGAUGGUCCAGCGUGAAAUUACGUACGUUCCCGGACUGUACAAAAUCUUCGACGAGAUUCUGGUAAAUGCGGCCGAUAACAAGCAGCGCGAUCCGAAGAUGAGCACCAUCAAGAUCGAGAUCAAUCAGGAAACGAACACGAUCUCGGUGUGGAACGAUGGCCACGGCAUACCGGUGGUAAUGCACAAGGAGGAAAAGAUGUACGUACCGACGAUGAUCUUUGGCCAUCUGCUAACUUCCUCCAACUACAACGACGAGGAGGAAAAGGUAACCGGUGGCCGUAACGGGUACGGUGCGAAGCUGUGCAACAUCUUCAGCACCAAGUUUACGGUCGAGACCGCGUCGAAGCAGUACAAGAAGUGUUUCAAACAGAGCUGGGGCGAUAACAUGUCGAAGGCGACGGAGCCGAAAAUUAAGGAAGAUUUUUUCGGCGAUGAUUACACGAAGAUUACUUUCUCGCCGGACCUGACCAAGUUUAAGAUGGAAAAGCUGGAUGAUGAUGUUGUUGGGCUGCUGUCGCGCCGUGCUUACGAUGUGGCUGCGUCGACGCGUGGCGUAACGGUCUUUUUGAAUGGUCAGCGUGUGCCGAUUAAGACGUUCAAGGAUUAUGUCGAUCUGUUCCUGAAGGAUAGCACCGAUGAGCUGGGCGGACAGGUGAAGAUAUGCUACGAAGCGGUGAAUGAUCGGUGGGAGGUGGCAGUUGCCAUUUCCGAGCGUGGCUUCCAGCAGGUAUCGUUCGUUAACUCGAUCGCCACGACGAAGGGUGGCCGGCACGUGGACUAUGUGGCGGAUAUGGUCGUGAAGCAGCUAAUUGAGGUGUUGAAGAAGAAGAAUAAGGGUGGCGUUACGAUUAAACCGUUCCAGGUGAAGAAUCACAUGUGGGUGUUCAUUAACUGUCUGAUCGUAAACCCAACGUUCGACUCGCAAACCAAGGAAAACAUGACACUGCAGGCGAAAAGCUUCGGUUCGAAAUGUACCCUGUCGGAGAAGUUUAUUGGAGCGGUGUCGAAGAGUGGUAUCGUCGAGUCGGUGUUGCAGUGGGCCAAGUUUAAGGCGCAAACUGAUCUUGCCAAAACAUCCGGUUCGAAGAAAUCGAAGAUCAAGGGUAUCCCGAAGCUGGAGGAUGCGAACGAUGCCGGUACGCGCAAUUCGCUCAACUGUACACUCAUCCUUACUGAGGGAGAUUCCGCAAAAACGUUGGCCGUUUCCGGGUUGGGAGUGGUAGGUCGCGACACGUACGGAGUGUUUCCGUUGCGUGGUAAGCUGCUGAAUGUGCGUGAAGCAACGCACAAACAGAUUCUGGAGAAUGCUGAAAUUAACAAUCUGAUCAAGAUUUUGGGUCUCCAGUACAAGAAAAAGUAUCUCACGAUGGAGGACCUAAAGACGCUCCGGUACGGCAAGCUGAUGAUAAUGACCGAUCAAGAUCAGGACGGGUCCCACAUUAAAGGAUUGCUGAUCAACUUCAUCCACACCAACUGGCCGGAACUAUUGCGGCUCCCAUUUCUCGAGGAGUUUAUAACGCCCAUCGUAAAGGCUACGAAAAAGAAUGGCGAAGAGCUGUCAUUUUUCUCGCUGCCCGAGUUUGAAGAGUGGAAGGCCGACACACCAAACUCCCACACGUACAACAUCAAGUACUACAAGGGUUUGGGUACGUCCACCUCGAAGGAGGCGAAAGAAUAUUUCCAAAAUAUGGAACGCCACCGGAUACUGUUUCAGUACGAAAGCACCGUUGACGAUGAGGCGAUCCUGCUCGCCUUCUCGAAGAAAGCGAUCGAACAGCGUAAGGAUUGGCUAACGGCACACAUGGAAGAGUGCCGACAUCGGAAGCAGGUCGGAUUGCAAGAGCGCUAUCUGUACACGAAAACGACGCGCGAAAUUACGUACAAAGAUUUUGUCAACCUUGAGCUGGUACUGUUCUCCAACUCGGACAAUAUCCGGUCGAUUCCUUGCAUGUUGGAUGGGUUAAAGCCGGGUCAGCGCAAGGUCAUGUUUACAUGCUUCAAGCGUGACGAUAAGCGUGAGGUAAAGGUGGCUCAGCUGGCAGGUUCGGUGGCGGAAAAGUCCGCCUACCAUCAUGGUGAGCAGUCACUGUGCUCCACCAUUAUUAAUUUGGCGCAGAACUAUGUCGGGAGCAACAACAUCAAUUUGCUGUACCCGGGUGGUCAGUUCGGUACGCGCCUGACCGGUGGUAAGGAUAGCGCCAGCCCGAGGUACAUCUUUACGAUGAUGUCAGUGCUGACGCGUCACAUCUUUCAUCCGCUCGAUGAUCCACUGUUGGAAUAUCAGUACGAGGAUAAUCAGCGCAUCGAACCGGUAUGGUAUCUGCCAAUUAUACCGAUGUUGCUGAUCAACGGUGCGGAAGGUAUCGGUACGGGGUGGUCUACCAAAAUCCCGAAUCACAAUCCACGCGACGUUAUUGCCAACAUUCGGCGCAUGUUGAAUGGGCAGGAACCGAAACUUUUGACACCGUGGUACAAGAAUUUCCAAGGCGUCAUUGAGUCGGUCGGUGCCCAACGCUACAUUACUGCCGGUAACGUUGGACUGUUGGAUAAUCAGAAAAUUGAAAUAUCUGAACUUCCGAUCGGUACUUGGACGCAAACUUACAAGGAGAAUGUGCUGGAGGUGUUGCUGCAUGGAUCGGAUAAGGUAAAACCGGUCAUCUCCGAGUAUCGCGAGUACAACACCGACACAACGGUGCGGUUCGUCAUCUCCUUCCUGCCGGGCGAGUACGAAAAGCUGUACGCGGAGGAAGGUGGUUUCCAUCGGGUGUUUAAGCUUACCAGUUCGAUCUCAACCUCCUCAAUGCACGCGUUCGACGAUAAGAGCUAUCUGCGCCGGUACACGCACGCGAAUGACAUUUUUGCCGAAUUUUACACGAUUCGGCUCGACUACUACGGUAAGCGGCGCACCUAUCUGCUCGGAAUGUUGCAGGCCGAGGCGGACAGUUUGUCCGAUAAGGCUCGCUUCAUUAUGGAGAAGUGUAGUGGCACGCUGGUGGUGGAGAACAAGAAGCGCAAACAGCUGAUUGACGAGCUGAUUAAGCGUGGCUAUCGGGCUGAUCCAAUCCAGGAAUGGAAGCGUCGCGUAAAGGCAAACGAUGAGGAUGGUGAGGAGGAGGAGGAAGCGGAAGGCGAAGAGGAGGAGGUGGAAGAUGUGAAGCCGGGCAAAUCGUCGGCCAAGGCUGCAAAGGGACCGAUCGAUCCGGAGAAAGCCUUCCAACGGCUAACCGAUGUGAAGAAGUUCAACUAUCUGCUCGGCAUGUCCAUGUGGAUGCUGACCGAGGAGCGGAAGAACGAAAUCCUCAAACAGCGCGAUCAGAAGCUAAGCGAACUGAAGGCUCUGCAGGGGAAGACGCCCGAGUCACUGUGGAACGAUGAUUUGGACAUGCUAGUUCGCAAGCUGGACGAAGUCGAGGAGAAGGAACGGCUCGAUGCGAUCAGCACGGAGAAAAAGAUGAAGGGUGCGGCAAGCAAGGCUGGAACAUCGGGACGGAAGGUAACGAUGGGACGCAAAAGCGCCAUCGACGACACGAAACCGAGCAUGCACGCGGAAGCGGUCAAGUUCCGCAUCUCGGAGGAUAUGGUGAAAAAGUUCGAAAAGGCAGCCUCGGUCAAGGUGAAGAAGGAGAAAAAGGAACCGGGCGAGAAUGGGGAGGAUGGUGGUGGAGAGGUGGACGAGUUUGAUGCGCUGGUUGAGGGUGAGAAACCGAAACCGAAACCACGCGUCAAGAAAGAACCGAAGGAACCGAAAGCACCGAAAGUGCCACGGGUGAAAAAGGAAAAGGGAUCGCCCGCCGAGAAAGGCAAACGUGGACGGAAUAAGAAGGCUUUCUCGUCAGAUGAAGACGAUGCGUUUAAAUCGGACCAGAGUGGCGAUGAUUUCGCUCCGCCGGUGAAUGUUCCGAUGCGCGAGAAAACUGGACGUCGUGCUGCCGCCGCAAAGAAGGUCAACUACUCUAUAAUGAACGAUGGCGAAGAUGAUGACGAUGACGAUUUCAACCGCUCGGACAGCGAAAUGUUCGACAACGAUCCGGAGGGUCGCACGAACGCCGCCGCCGACAGUGACGUGGAGGAAGUGCCGGAACCGGCCCGAUCCGCAGCGAUUGAUCUCGAUGAUAGCGAUUCGACGCCGAUGAAGAAACCGGGUCCGGUGAAAAAGCGUGUCCUUGGGCCGAAGGUGGCCGACACCAAGCCGGGUGGUGCUAAGCGGGGCCGAAAGGCUGCCGAUAGUAGCAGCGAAGCGGAAAAACCAGUAAAGAAAACAAAAAAGAAGAUCGUACAAAGCUCGGAGGAUGAGAAUUCUCCAUCGAUGGACGACGAUGAUUCAGACUACUAA